AGGACGCCGCUCUGGCAGGCCGCCUCUCGAGGAUAUGCCGCCACCGUGGGCCAGUUACUCGCGGCGCCGGGAAUCGACGUCAAUAUAGCAGACAAGGACGGCUGGACGCCGCUCUCGCGGGCAGUAUAUCGAGGAUACGCCGCCACCGUGGGCCAGCUGCUCACAGCGCCGGGAGUCGACGUUAAUACGGCAGACAAGGACGGCCGGACACUGCUCUGGCAGGCCGCCUCUCGAGGAUACGCCGCCGUCGUAGGUCAGCUGCUCACAGCGCCGGGAGUCGACGUCAAUGCGGCAGACAAGAACGGCCGAACGCCGCUCUCGCGGGUAGUAUAUCGAGGAUACGCCGCCAUCGUAGGCCAGCUGCUCACAGCGCCGGGAGUCGACGUCAAUAUAGCAGACAAGAACGGCUGGACGCCGCUCUCGUGGGCCGCCUAUCAAGGGCACACCGCUGUCGUAGGCCAGCUGCUCGCGGCGCCGGGGAUCGACGUUAAUAUAAUAGACAAGGACGGCCGGACACCGCUCUCGUGGGCCGCCUACCAAGGGUACGCCGCUAUUAUAGGUCAGCUGCUC